CCUCCCUCUAGAUGAAAUUUCUCAAUGGACUGGUGGCAGACCGUGUACUCUGGUAAGGUUUCCUUUGCUUUUUCUGCUUGGUCUUUAUUAGUGAUGGGCACCUAUAACAAAAAUCUAUAUAUCGAUUUGCAUUUCAUGGUAUAUGGACACAUUCACAUAAUAUCAAAUGUCCCUUCUUUACAUCAACUGUGGCAGUGCAACUAAGAAAAUUCGUGCAUUUUUUUUUAAUACUACUGUUAUACAAAACAUGCAUUUUUCUACUGAGUAUCUGGGCAAUAUGACAUGCCUAAAAGAUUAAAUGUUUUAAUCUGUCCCAUAUACCAUUACAAUUAACCCUGCAAUUGGGGUUAAUUGUAACAUCAGGAGUUUUUCGGAUUAAGACAGAAUUGUAAAAAUUCCACAUUUAGCACAGGUCUCUAAACUAUAUUAAUAGUUAGCAGGCACAUGUAAGUUGUCUUUGUGAAAUGUAGAACUCUCUACAUCAAACAGUGUAAGAAUAAAUAAAAUUUUAAUAAACAACUCCAAAAUGCGUUACAACUGUCCCCGGUCUUCCCUACAGAAACAGUGCAGGAAUGUAGGUUACACUGUUAACAAUUACACCAACAGUUUCUCCUUCAUCUGGAGUGGACAUGGUGUCAUGUGGGUUAUGUCCACAAAGACAAAACAGUCUUCUUGCAGCUCAAUACUCACAACAAAGUACAAUAUAUGGACAUCAGGUUUUAUCUUAGCUAGACAUUGCACUUGAACAUCAGGUGAGCAAUCUUACUGCUCUGAAUCAGCAAAAUAAUGCAACAAAAAACACAAAUGUGUCAUACAUUGAGUAAUAGUUCUUAGUAAAUCAGCAUCACUUAAAUAGAGUUAAUGGGAAUUUACAGUGGAGGGCUGGAGGGGAGGACGGUAUAAGGAGGGAGAGAAUGGAGGGACACGGCGUAGAGGAAAGUGGGGUAAGUUGAGCCAAAGGGUUAGUUGAGCUACCCCUUGUUUCUAGGAAACCAUACACAAAAUUCAUAAUGUGACCAAAUAUUUAGGAAGAGGUCAUCAUUUCAUGGAGUCUGUGAAGGAAGAAAUCACAUGGAAAAAGUGGUAAGCAAGCUAGGCCCAAAAAACUUUAAUUUAUUGUGUUACAGGUUUCAUGAUGCUUGUAUCUAAACCAAAGUAGAUCGUUUUAAGAUUGUUUUAUACAUCAGUUGGGGUCUCUAUAAGCUACAAUAUGACACCCUAAACCAGGGGGGUCAAACUCAUUCCAUGGAGGGCCUAGUGUCUGAGGGGAGUUCCAACCAGGUGAGGGGAGUUCCUUACUGACCAGUGACCUUAAUUCAUCAAUCAAGUACAAGGGAGGAGCAAAAACCACCAGACACUCCGUGGAAUGAGUUUGACACGUGUGCCCUAAACCUAGCAUGAAAGUGCAUCUUUGUAGCUAUGUGGAAAAUAUUGUGAAAAUAUUUGCUUUGGGGUAUGUUUGCUUUGAUUACAUUGUGUCAGUUUUAUGCAUAAUAUACAGAGUAUUUUUGCAAUGUGUCGUGCAUAUGAAUUCAAGACUGCAUUUUUAUUGUUACAGAGCAGACAUCAUCAUGCCCCGUGUACACAAACAUAAAACAAGCAGGGGUCUAGCCCCCCUUGAGGUUCUUGACAGAGCAGCCAAGGAAGUGAGAGAAGGGAAGAAGUCCAUUUGAACAGCAGCAAGGGAUGAAAAAAUUGACUGAAUUACACUGAAGAGGUACAUUGACAAAAAAUAAAAAGAACAUGUACCUGUGUGAAAGAGAGGCUAUGAUAGAAUAGCAGAGGCAUACAAGGUCUUAUCUGAUGACAUGGAGUCUGAGCUUGCUAAAUAUAUCACGAAUGGUCACUGAAUGGUUUGAUGAGCAUGAAAACGAUGUAAACCAUAUGUCAUGGCCAUCUCAGUCUCCAGAUCUCAACCCAAUUGAACAAUUAUGGGAGAUUCUGGAGCGGCGCCUGAGACAGCAUUUUCCACCACCAUCAACAAAACACCAAAUUAUGGAAUUUCUCUUGGAAGAAUGGUGCCGCAUCCCUCCAAUAGAGUUCCAGACACUUGUAGAAUCUAUGCCAAGGCGCAUUGAAGCUGUUGUCACGUUCGUUGAGUACAGGAUUGGACCAAGGUGCAGCGUGGAAUGCAUACAUGUUUAUUCACUAAGUUAACACACAACAAACGCACCGUAACGUGACUCUCACAAUGGCUACACACAAACAAGAGUCAAGAUCCCACAACAUAGGUAGGCAAAAUGGCUACCUAAGUAUGAUUCCCAAUCAGACUCAGAGACAACGAUCGACAGCUGCCUCUGAUUGGGAACCACACCCGGCCAACAUAGAAAUAUAUAAUCUAGAUCUACACAUAGAUACCUAGAUAUUCACAUAAUAACCUCUAGCAUUCACACCCUGACCAACCUAACUAAAGAAUAACAGCUGUUCUGGUGGCUUGUGGUGGUCCAAAGCCCUAGUAAGACACUUUAUGUUGGUGCUUCCAUUAUUUUGGCAGUUACCUGUAUAUCUGAAUGUAGGCAUACAUUUAAGAUAUACAAUAAACUUAAAGAAGUGUAUACUGGCUACGGUGUCUCAAAAUGGAAAAACAGUACUAUUGCCGCUUUUUUCUCGUUUCUCAAGCAAAGGUCUUUUAAGGGAGUAUGAGGGCACACUCGUUCGGUUCGGCUAGCCGAGUUUGGCUAGGCACCAGCCGAACUGAAGCAUGCUGACGCCUUAACCCUAACCCUUUUCCUCACCUUUACCUCAUUCUCCUAACCUGCCACGUUAAUUCACCUAACCUGCCAUGUUAAUUAUCGUAACCUGCUAUGUAAACAAACCAUGUGUGGCGACAUAUAUUUUCAGUAUCACCAGACUGGACUUCAUUUACGUUUUUUACAUAAAACCAUUUGUUAUGCCUUGCUCAUAUCGAUAUCAAACAUUAUCGAUAUUGGUGCCCACCACUAGUCUUUAUCAGAGCAAUUGAUAUUUGUGGCUUAGUUUACUCGCAUUUGGAAAAUUACCAGCUAAUUUAACAGGCAUGGAUUUGUAAUAAUUUAUAAUUGUCAAAGUUUUAAUUUAAGUGGAAAGUAAAUUUCAUGCAUGCAUGGAGGGACACUUUAUCGGCCUCUAUUGGAUUAAAAUGGUGAAUUGCUGUACUGUAUUGAUGGUCAAUGUUUACUUGUACUGUAUUUCUCUUUGUAUGUGUUUACAUGUUCUCUACCCCUCAUCCCUCUCUUUCAGCAGGUUCUCAGCUGAGUGUAUCAUCACUUGUUUUUGUAUGUGUGACCCUGUCAGACUGCUGAGCAAGAGUCCACACAACUACGCAAGCAAGGAAAGUAAACACACCAAAGACACACACACACGCACACAUAUUAACAGGCAUAUUGUUCACAUACACACACACUCCUACACAGACGUCGGGUCAAUCCAGACGCCCUCCAUCAGCGAUGAUGACGUCUCCACUGCUUCGCCCGUCAUUGCAUCACUUCCUAUCGCUGAGGCUGCUGGGUACUGUGACCCCAAGGACGCUGGCGGCAGAACGGUUGGCAGUGGCGCCGUCACAGGGGUUCGCAGCGGACGCCCUCCCAGUGGCGUUGACCUUUGAGGACCCCAGCGCCUUCAGGGUAAAGAGCUUUGGGGAGCUGCUCCGAGCAUUAGGGGUGUUCCGACUCUGCUCUGUCCCAUUGCUGGUCAACAACUGUGGGAAGGUGAGAAACUGGGAGGGAGGGAUAGGAGGAGAAGGGAAGAGAUAUACAGUACAUGAGCAGCAUGAACCAGAUAAGGGAUGAGAGAGAGAGGAAUUGAGGGGAAUGAGUGAGUGGUGAAGUGAGUGAGUGAAUGAGUGAGUGUCACUACUUUGGACAUUGGCUCACAGGGCUGUCACUACUUUUGACACCGGCCCAUAGGGCUCUGGUCAAAAGUAGUGCAUUAUGUAGGAAAUAGGGUGCCAUUUGGGACUCAAUCAGUAAGUGAGUGAGUGCAUACAGGCAAAUGCCUACACUGUUGCACUCGAUGUGUCUGACAAUGUAUAAAGGUCAAGUAUGUUUGUCCGUCUCGGUUUCCACUCUUUCUCUGCCUCUCAUACUCCUUAUGCGUAUUUAUCUCCCCCUCUCUUUACCUCUAGCCCAAAUUAGCUCUUUAUUUGUAUCUGACUCACUCACCGGCUCUCCCCUUUCCUAUAGUUUUGACUCACUCAUCCUCCCCUUUCGUUCUUUCUUUGCUUUCUGUCUUUCUUUUCUUUUGCUUUUUUAGGUAGCGAGUCGGGAGGCUUCUUAUGUGUUAUGUUGGUUUCAGUGAGGGGUGGGUCUUUGUUAUGGAGGGAGAGCGAUGACGAAGAGGAUCGCGAUAUAGCUAUCUCGAACUGAUCUCUAUCUCUCUCUAUCUCGAUUCUAUCUCUCUCUCGUAUCUCUCUACUCUAUCUCGCUCUCUCGCACCUCCUCUCUCUCUCCUCUCUCCUCUUUCCUCCCACUCUCAGCUCAUGUCUGUAGCGCGGACUCUGCUCGGGAAAAGGGGGUUUGCCCUGUUCCUUGCGGCCGUCUGUGUAUGCUCAGUUUGUGGCCGGGGAGAGCGAGGGCGAGAUCACCCAUUCCAUGGAGAAGAUGAGCUCCCUUGGACUCCGCCCCAUGCUGGCUGUGCCCAUUGAAGAGGACCUGGGAGAGAGCACUGGGUUAGACAACAUCUUUCUAUGUUAAACCCCUUUCCACACUAGCUUGCUGAACUGUACUGCGCUGCUGGGCUUGGAUAGUUUAACUAUGGUGGAUAUGUAACCAGGCUUGGUUCAGUUUGGCUCAGUAGUGUGAAAAGGGUAUUACGCUGGCAAUGCUCGGCUACCAUACUCAAAGCAAUUACAUGGGUUUCAUGCAGCAUUGUACAUAAAUUGAUGAUAAAGAUCCAACUUUUGUCAAUGUUUGUUUUCGUUCAGAAAUAUUGAAGGGCCUCCCGAGUGGCGCAGUGGUCUAAGGCACUGCAUCGCAGUGCUUGAGGCGUCACUACAGACCCGGGUUCGAUCCCGGGCUGUGUCACAGCCGGCCGCUACCGGGAGACCCAUGAGGCGGUGCACAAUUGGCCCAGCAUCAUCCGGGUUAGGGGAGGGUUUGUCUGGCUGGGAUGUCCUUGUCAAAUCGCGCUCUAGCGAUUUGUGGCGACUCCUUGUGGCGGGCCGGGCACUUGCACGCUGACAUGGUCACCAGUUGUAUGGCGUUUCCUCCGACACAUUGGUGCGGCUGGCUUCCGGGUUAAGCGAGCAGUGUGUCAAGAAGCAGUGCAGCUUGGCAGGGUUGUGUUUCAGAGGACGCAUGGCUCUCGACCUUCGCCUCUCCCGAGUCCAUAUGGGAGUUGCAGCGAUGGGACAAGACUGUAACUACCAAUUGGAUAUCAUGAAAAACAUUUUUUAACAAAAAUGUAUAUUUACAUUUUUGUCAUUUAGCAGACGCUCUUAUCCAGAGCGACUUACAGGAGCAAUUAGGGUUAAGUGCCUUGCUUAAGGGCACAUCGACAGAUUUUGCACCUAGUCGGCUCGGGGAUUAGAACCAGCGACCUUUCGGUUACUGGCACAACGCUCUUACCCACUAAGCUACCUGCCGCCCCAUAUUGAAUAACUUUCAUUCUGAACGCAUGUGGUCAAAUAUCAAUUGUCAACAGGGAGCGACGGUACGACGACAACCUGGCGUCCAUGUUGGAAUGUGUCAGCAUGUCCCAUAGAAAUGCCUGGAGCAAAGAUCCCAUGAUGCAGCUGAAGAUCACUGCCUUGCUCAGUCCAGAGCUGUGUGUAAGUGUAUGACUUACUUGACUAAAACCCUUUUACUCUGCGAGGAGCAUAGUUCAUGCUUUUUUGUUUUUUUGGAAUAUACCCCAACCCUUCUGUCCUGUCCUUAUGAAAUAUAUUAUAUAAGCAAUAAACACUACAUUCCUGUGUAGCCUGAGUGCCGGUCUGUUUGUGCUAUCAUGCCAACUUCUUGUCACUCAUUGUCAUGCCGAACAAUGUUUGCCUUGACAAGGACCACAAUUGAGUUGGUAAGAGCACAAACAGGUCUGGGACCAGUCUAGCUCUUGUGUAUAACUAGCACUCUAUUAUUUAUUAACAAUAUCUUACAAUAAAGGGCCGGUUACGUGGACACUCAUCUAGGAUCAGGUCCUCCCUGUCCAUAAUAAUAUAAUUCAAUAUGAUCUAAGAGGCAAAACUGAUCCUGAAUCAGCAAUCCGACUCUGAGGCACUUGAUAAAUGCUGGCCCAGAUCUCUGUUGACACAUUUCCCUUUGUACUUAGGUGAAGCUAACCACCGUGCUCUCAGAACAACAGUAUGACCUAGACCUCCUAGUCAGAGCCAUGGACGGAGAGGUGGGUGAGCCAUUUUGUGAGAUGUUCAGAUGCCUCUCUAUUUAUAAGUCUAGAGUGAUGACUGAUCCACUGUCUGGUCCCGUCUCUCACAGCCAAUCAGCUUCCCCGGUUUACAGGAGAGCGAGAACACACAUUUCCUGUGCGGCCUACAGAGGCUCAACAAAGUGGGAGAGGUAUGGAGAGAAAAACAUCUGUAUUUUCAUCAAUUCUGAAAUAUUGGCACCUGUUAUUUGCUUAUGCAAAUAUAGUAGCCUACACUGGUAUUGUCCUAUGAUUAUCACAUAUGUUUAUUUAUACUUUUAUACUUUCUUACUUCAAUGCCCCAUGUGUCCUGUAAUACAUAUUGUUUUCCACAUGCAAUGAUAUUCCUGUCAUGAAGUUAGAUGUAAAAGAGUCAGUAAAACGUUACCUUAAAUAGCCCUUGUACCUACAGGUAACUGCCAAAAUAAUGGAAACACUUGAGUAGAUGAGGGAUACAAAGUAUAUUGAAAGCAGGUGCUUCUCCCAUCCACAGGGCACCAGAGGUCACUGAAUGGUUUGAUGAGCAUGAAAAUGACGUAAACCAUAUGCCUUGGCCGUCUCAGUUAUCAGAUCUCAACCCAAUUGAACACUUAUUCUGAAGCGAAGCCUGAGACAGCGUUUUCCACCACCAUCAACAAAACACCAAAUGAUAGAAUUUCUCAUGGAAGUAUGGUGUCGCAUCCCUCCAAUAGAGUUUCAGACACUUGUAUAAUCUAUGACAAGGUGCAUUGAAGCUGUUCUGGCUCGUGGUGGCCCAACACCCUAUUAAGACACUUUAUGUUGGUGUUUCCUUUAUUUUGGCAGUUACCUGUAUGUAACUACUCAUUAAUAGCUGUAGUUACAACGUAAUAUUCACAUGUACUAACAUACUAACUGCUUUGUAAUUACAUGGUCAUAGCCUACAGCAGGGCUCUCCAACCCUGUUCCUGGAGAGCUACUGUCCUGUAGGUUUUCGCUCCAACCCUAAUCUAGCACACCUGAUUCUAAUAAUUAGCUGGUUGAUAAACUGAAUCAGGUUAGUUACAACUUGGGUUGGAUUGAAAACCUACAGGAUGGUACCUCUCCAGAAACAGGGUUAGAAAGCCCUGGCCUACACAUUAUAGACAUAAGAAUCACUUUAGGUAAAGUGUUAUCAAAGAGCCAUUACUGCAUGUGUUUCAUUCUCAGGCCAGUGCCAACAAAGUGCGAGUUCUGGUCGACGCAGAGUACACAUACAUGAACCCCGCCCUCUCGCUCGUCACCAUGGCCAUGAUGAAGAAGUUCAACCAAGAUGGCGUCUGGAUCUGGAACACCUACCAGUGUUACCUUAAGGUAGAUCAGUGAGUCUAGUUUUCAGCUCCUUUUUGAUUCAUGUUCUUCCCUCUCUCGCUGUCUCUCUGUCUCUCUGUCUGUUUCUCUCUCUAUCUCUCUCUCUCUCUUUCUCUCUCUCUCUCUCUCUCUCUCUCUCUCUCUCUCUCUCUCUCUCUCUCUCUCUCUCUCUCUCUCUCUCUCUCUCUCUCUCUCUCUCUCUCUAUCUCUCUCUCUCUCUCUCUCUCUCUCUCGCUCUCCCUCCCACUCUAUUUGUUUCUCCACAAUGAAUGGUUGUGUAAACAUUUGUGUGCAGACAAACUCAUCAGAAAUAUCUAUUCAUUGUCUCAACCGUUGUCAAAUGUGUUGUACAUCAGUUGUAGAACUUACAGUGCAUUCGUAAAGUAUUCAGACCCCUUCCCUUUUUCCACAUUUUGUUACAUUACAGCGUUAUUCUAAAAUGGAUUAAAUAAGAUUUGAAUCUACGCAAAAUACCCCAUAAUGACAAAGUGAAAAAAAAAUUUGGGGAAAAAACUAAACGGAUACCUUAUUUACAUAAGUGUUCAGACCCUUUGCUAUGAGACUCAAAAUUGAGCUCAACUGCAUCCUGUUUCCAUUGAUCAUCCUUGAAAUGUUUCUACAACUUAAUUGGAGUCCACCUGUGGUAAUUUCAAUUGAUUGGACGUGAUUUGGAAAGGCACAAACCUGUCUAUGUAAUGUCCCACAGUUGACAGUGCACGUCAGAACAAAAACCAAGCCAUGAGGUUGAAGGAAUUGUCCGUAGAGCUCCAAGACAGGAUUGUGUCACGGCACCGGUCUGGGGAAGGGUACCAAUGUAUUUCUGCAGCAUUGAAGGUCCCCAAGAACACAGUGGCCUCCAUCAUUCUUAAAUGGAAGAAGUUUGGAACCACCAAGACUCUUCCUAGUGCUGGACGCCCGACCAAACUGAGCAAUCGGGGGAUAAAGCCCUUGGUCAGGGAGGUGACCAAGGACCGGAUGGUCACUCUGACAGAGCUCCAGAGUACCUCUUUGGAGAUUGGAGAACCUUCCAGAAGGACAACCAUCUCUGCAGCACUCCAGCAAUCAGGCCUUUAUGGUAGUGGCCAGACAGAAGCCACUCCUCAGUAAAAGGCACAUGACAGCCCGCUCGGAGUUUGCCAAAAGGCACCUAAAGGACUCUCAGACCAUGAGAAACAAGAUUCUCUGGUCUGAUGAAACCAAGAUUGAACUCUUUGGCCUGAAUGCCAAGCGCCACGUCUGGAGGAAACCAGGCACCACUCAUCACCUGGCCAAUACCAUCCCUACGGUGAAGCAUGGUGGUGGCAGCAUCAUGCUGUGGGGAUUUUUUCUGCGAAAGGGACUGGGAGACGAGUCAGGAUCGAGGGAAAGAUGAACGGAGCAAAGUACGGCGAGAUCCUUGAUGAAAACCUACUCCAGAGUGCUCAGGAGGUCAGACUGGGGCGAAGGUUCACCUUCCAACAGGACAGCAACCCUAAGCACACAGCCAUGACAAUGCAGGAGUGGCUUGGGGACAAAUCUCUGAAUGUCCUUGAGUGGCCCAGCCAGAGAGACCUGAAAAUAGCUGUGCAGUGACGCUCCCCAUCCAACCUGACAGAGCUUGAGAGGAUCUGCAGAGAAGAAAUGGAGAAACUCCCCAAAUACAGGUGUGCCAAGUUUGUAGUGUCAUACCCAAGAAGACUUGAGGCUGUAAUCGCUGCCAAAGGUGCUUCAAGAAAGUACUGAGUAAAGGGUCUGAAUACAUAGGGUGGCAGGUAGCUUAGUGGGUAAGAGCGUUGUGCCAGUAACCGAAAGGUCGCUGGUUCUAAUCCCCGAGCUGACUAGGUGAAAAAUCUGUCGAUGUGCCCUUAAGCAAGGCACUUAACCCUAAUUGCUCAUGUAAAUCGCUCUGGAUAAGAGCGUCUGCUAAAUGACUAAAAUGUAAAUGUAAAAUGAUAUCCAAAUGUGAUAUUUCAGGGUUGAAAAAUAAUAAUAAUCUUGGGCCUCCUGAGUGGCGCAGUGGUCUAAGGCAGUGCUAGCUGUGCCACUAGAGAUCCUAGUUCGAGUCCAGGCUCUCUCGCUGCCGGCCGCGACCAGGAGACCCAUGGGUUGGCGCACAAUUGGCCCAGCGCCGUCCAGGGUAGGGUUUGGCCGGCAGGGUUGUUCUUAUCCCAUGGCGCACUAGCGACUCCUGUGGCAGGCCGGGCACUUGCACGCUGACUCAGUCGCCAGCUGUACGGUGUUUCCUCCGGCACAUUGGUGCGGCUGGCUUCCGGGCACUCGGCUGGGUUGUGUUUCGGAGGACGCACGACUCUCGACCUUCGCCUCUCCAGUGUCCGUAUGGGAGUUGCAGCGAUGGGACAAGACUGUAACUACCAAUUGGAUACAAAAAAUUCAACAACCCAAAAAGAUUAUAAUAGUAAUCUUAAAACCUGUUUUUGCUUUGUCAUUAUGGGGUAUUGUUUGUAGAUCAAUCUUAGAAUAAGGCUGUAACGUAACAAAAUGUGGAAAGAGUCAAGGUGUCUGAAUACUUUCUAAAUGCUCUGUAUAUGUACAGGGCCUUGUUUUCUGGUGACUCCCAUGUGUUAAAUGUAGUUGUUAUGACCCUUGAUGAGGACAAGUGUCCUUAAAUUACUAUAGAUUACUAUAGAUUGUAAAUGAUUGAAGCAGCAAAUUAAUUGAAUUAUCAGGAGUAACGUAGGAGCUUAAUGACGAACCAAGUCAUAGCCCACUAUUCAGCAAUUUCAGAACAGUUUCACCCCCCCCCCCCACACGCUCUCCCUCUCUCUCUCUCUCUCUCUCUCUCUCUUUCUCUCUCUCUCUUUCGCUCUGUUUUGCCCUUUCUCACUCUCUCUCUGCUUCUCCCCCCUCUGUCUCCCUCUCCCUUCAGGAAUCGCGGUCCCUCCUGCUCGAGGAUGUCCGCCUGUCCAUCAGCGAGUCCUUCUGUCUGGGUGUGAAGCUUGUGAGAGGGGCAUACAUGGACAAAGAAAGGAAACUGGCCAAUAAUGAGGGGUGGUCAGAACCUGUUCAUGAAUCCUGGGAGCACACCAAUGACAGGUAACUCUUUUGUGCAUGUCGGCUUUUUGGGUGAUGGAAAAUGUUAUAUUAUAGAGUGGUACAAGCAAUCCCGACGUUCAAAUAACCAAUGUCCAAAUAAUCAGUUCUCUCUCCUCAAGUGUGCAACUGUGUACACUCCUCCCCAUGCAUUAAAACAUUGGAUUGGUGCAGUGCCUUUUUUUGUAAAUCGGGAGGUCCUGGAACAUAUAGUGAAUUCGAGGGGGAGGGGGGGGGGGGGGGGGGGGGGGGGCUAUGAGGUACCAGAACACAUUGAGAGAAAAAAGUGUCAAACACAAUGUGGCAGCGCAGCAGACAGAGUAAACAGCCAAGUAGCCUACUGUCUAUGGUGGUGAAACGGACAGCACUCUCCAAGGUGCUGAUGAAUUCAAAGUAUUUUAGAUGUCACUGCAGUAUGCCCACAUACUUGAGUAUAGCUUACACAAGUCCACAUUUCUUAUAGCCUAAUUUUCUAGACAUCAAUGUACAGCAAUAUUUUUAGACGACACUGCAGAACACCUGCCAUAUGCAUAUGCGCACAUACUCAGCUGUGGGGCUUACAAGACCCGAAUGUCAUAUAAUUUUCAAGACAUCAAUGUAGCAGUAGAACAAAUAUCACAAUAUUGGAAUAUAACUUCAAAUAAAAUAAAUAAAUGUAGGCUACAGCAGAACACACAUAUGAGAAUAUAUAGGCCUCCUGCCUAUGUGAUAAUAUGAAGCACAUAUUCAGAUUACCUUCACAGUACCGAACAAGUUUUUAAAGGAAAAUAAAAUGUCCUACCUUAGUUUUCAAAACCUCCCACAAUGACUCUCCCCAUGUCAAGUCUGUUUAACUCCUGAGAGUCAAUUUCUUGCUCAAAGCCAUGAGCGGGCCUGUGGCUGUGAUGUUUAGCCUCAUUCUAAGGCUGUUCUGAAGACACUGGCUGUAGUGUCUAUUUUUUUCAUUUUGAGUUUUAACUAUAUCCUGGGUGUCCUCUUUAGCCUUGUCUACAAGGCUUGCUGCCACCAAAUGUGCCUUGCUUCGGGCAUGUUCAAAAACCUUUUUUCUGAGGGCUCUUUGUUGUUGUUUUUUUAUGUCUGAGGCAGAGGAUGUUAAUUUACUGCACAUUCCACCCACUCUUUUGCUAGUUUAAUCACUCCAGUCGUUUCUAGACCCAAGCUCCCUACCUUUUUGCAUGUUGUACAGCCCAACUAUUAAUUCUGCAUGACAAGCCAGGGGUUAUACGUUUGCUUGUUCUUGAACUGCAAAUUGCACCUGCUCCGAGCACUUCGUCGGUGGAUGCACUGCCCCCCACCCCCCCAACUCCAUGUCUCCCUCUCCCGCUGAGUCUGACUCACUAGUAGGCCUAUUAGCUAGUGGAGGUGCCGGUGGUGAUGCUGAAUUAAGGCAUCGCCAUCAGGAACAGUUUGCCCCUCUGUCACGCCCUGGCUCUGGGGACUCUUAUAUGUUGAGCCAGGGUGUGGAUUUUCUAUGUGUUAUUUUCUAUGUUUUGUUUUAGUUCGUGUAUUUCUAUGUUGGCCAGGGUGGUUCCCAAUCAGAGGCAGCUGUAGCUUGUUGUCUCUGAUUGGGGACCAUACUUAGGCAGCCUGUUUGGCACUGUUUAUUGUGGGAUCUUGUUCCGUAAGGUUUGUUUUGGUGUUAACCUAGGACUUCACGUAUCGUUUGGUUUGUUGUUUUGUUCGUGUGUGUACUUCAAUAAAAGAUUGACUAUCACGGCUAUCACGCUGCGCCUUGGUCCGCUUCAUCUAACGACGAUCGUGACAGAAGAUCCCACCAUAAAAGGACCAAGCAGCGUGCCCAGGAGGAGAAGCUGGCGAUGGCUCAGGUGGGCGAAUGGUGGUCAUGGGAGGACAUAUUCGCGGGCAGAGGGCCCUGGGCUAAGGUACAGGCCCUGGCAAGAGAGGAGAAACGGCACCAACCGUGCCGACGACGGACACGCGAGAGGCAACCCCAAUAAAACAUUUGGGGGGGGCACACGGCAUGGACGACGGGGCUGCUGGAGGCAGCUACAGGGCGCAUCAGCGAUUUAGGAGAGGAGGCUACCAGGUUUGGGGGGCUGGAAGGGUGGUUGGCGGAGCCUAGAGGUAGAGCAGAGCCAACUCCCCGUACUCAGGCUAGGCAGCAUGAGACUGGGCAGGUUCCGAGUUAUGCAGAGCUACGUACUGUGCCGCGAGUGUUCCGGCACAGUCCUGUACGUCCUGUGCUAGCACCACGCACGUGUCGUGCUAAGGUGGGCAUGCAGCCAGUACCCCUCCUCGGUCCCGGAUAUCCUGCGCCAGUGCCACGUGCUGUAGUGUCAGUACGAGUGCACAGCCCUGUACGUCCUGUGCUGAUGCCUCACACAGAGUGUGUGGAAAUAGGCAUUCAGCCAGGACGGGUUGUGUCAGCUCUCCGUUCCAGACCUCCAGUCCGUCUCCACAGUCCAGCCCGGCCUGUUCCUGUCCCUCGCACCAAGCCUGUGGUGCGCGUCGCCAGCCCGGUCCGGCCCGUUCCAGCUCCCCGCACCAAGCCAGUGGUGCGCGUCGUCAGCCCGGUCCGGCCUGUUCCUGUCCGUCGCACCAAGCCUGUGGUGCGCGUCGCUAGCCCGGUCCGACCUGUUCCCGGCCCCUACCCUCUUGUGUUUGGCUGGCGCGGUCGCAGUCCGCGCCUUUGGGGGGGGGGGUACUGUCACGCCCUGGCUCUGGGGACUCAUAUGUUGAGCCAGGGUGUGGAUUUUCUAUGUGUUAUUUUCUAUGUUUUGUUUUAGUUCGUGUAUUUCUAUGUUGGCCAGGGUGGUUCCCAAUCAGAGGCAGCUGUAGCUUGUUGUCUCUGAUUGGGGACCAUACUUAGGCAGCCUGUUUGGCACUGUUUAUUGUGGGAUCUUGUUCCGUAAGGUUUGUUUUGGUGUUAACCUAGGACUUCACGUAUCGUUUGGUUUGUUGUUUUGUUCGUGUGUUUACUUCAAUAAAAAAUGUACGGCUAUUACGCUGCGCCUUGGUCCGCUUCAUCUAACGACGAUCGUGACACCCUCACUCCUGUCCUCCGGCACUGACAGUUCUCUGGCUCGUUCUGGGUUCGAUUCACCAUCUUUCUUUGGAUUUUUGGACUUGAAAAAUGUAAUCAAACUCGAUUGCCUUUUCUUAUCCAUUUUUUAAUAGGCUUUCCCACGAUUCAAAUUCAGUAGGGAGACGACUAGCUGACCACCACUGCCAAGAUAAGUGUCAAGAUCAGUUACUUACCCCACCGGCCCUCCCCAUAACCUCUAUGUACAAAUAAGAGAGCAGGUCUGGAAUCAGUGUAGCAGGAAAGGAUGAUUACACAGACUGGUCACGUGCUUUUGCAUGAUGGUCUUUCUGGGGGGUGGGAGAAAUAACGAGGAGGCAACUUGAUUUAACACUGAUCGCUUUUAUUAGAAUGUCUACAGUGCGAAUAGUGAAACAAUGAAUCAUGCCUCGAGAGGUGCUGGAACAAACAAAGUAAAAUCUGAGAGGUGCCGGAUCCUGUUCCGGCAGGAUCCGUCUCAAAUUAAGCACUGGAUUGGUGUUAGCCUGGAUUAGAGGGAGUUUCCACCAUAUCUCUUAUACCAGUCCUUUCAUUUGAAAUCCAUGAAUGGAAGUGAACAAGUGCACAUUUCGCGAGAAAGGAUAGAUUAUUGGGAAUAUUUUUAACCAUUAAAGGUCUUGUUAUGAUAUGUUCAUUUAGAACUAUCAUUGAUAUGAUAAUGCUAUGUCACAACAUGCCACUGUGUAUCUCCAUAAUGUUGUUGUGCUCCUGUAGUUAUAACGGCUCGUUGGACAUCCUGCUGGAACUCAUCUCCCAGGACCCUGAGCGCUAUCGGAUCAUAGUUGCCACGCACAACGAGGAGUCCGUAAGGCGUGCAGUUCAACGGUAAGAUUAUUUAUAUCAUUCACUUAAUUUUUUUUAAGAGGCUGUGCGGAAGUUUAUUUAUUCAUUUCUUACCUCAAAUUUAGAAAUAUUCCUGUCCAUUUAGGGGACCCUCUUUUGGCUCAAGAGCACCCCGUGAGGCAAAAGUUCUGUAAAGCCACUAAUGCAGCACAUGCAUUACAUGACAUUGAAUUGGUAUUGUGACAUCUGUCCUAAGGAUGGGAGAGCUGGGAAUAGACAAAGAUGGUGGAUCUGUGUGUUUUGGUCAGCUGUUGGGGAUGUGUGACCAUGUGUCUCUCACUCUCGGUAAGCAUCCUUUCUCCCUUCAAAUUCAACUUAUAUUCAAGUGUAUCGUCAAAGAAACUCAAGUCCCUAUUCUGCCUUACCUUGCUUAGCUACACACAUUAAGAUAGUUUUGUGAAUAUUAUUCACUUUUUUUCUUCCCCUAUCCAUCUUUCCUUGUUUCUCUGCCUCUCUCUAUCCUUUCCUCUUCCUCUCCUCUCUCCCACCCAUCCUCUCUAACCCCUCCCUCUUUACUUAUUUGUCCUUUCUCUGUUCCUCUCUCCUGCCUCUCUCUCUCUUUCUCCUGUCCCCUCUCUAUCCCUUCAACCACCUCUCUUUAUCUCCUUGUCCUUUCCCUCUGUCUCUCUCUGUCCUUUGUGUCUGUGUCUCUUUUUCUCCACCUUUCCCCCUUUUCCACCCUAUCUCCUCCCCCUAGCCCAGCAGGGUUACUCGGUGUACAAGUCGGUGCCGUAUGGCUCGGUGGACGACACCCUGCCCUACCUGGUGCGCCGUGCCCAGGAGAACCGGACCGUGCUGCAGGGCAUCCGCAAGGAGCGAGACCUCCUGAGACAGGAGCUCCACAGGAGGCUGUGGCAGGGGCUCAGACAGGGAAGAUAG